AUGUAUUUUAUAUCCCUUCAGAACAAUGUAUUUUAUAUCCCUUCAGAAAGUCACAAUGUGUUAUAUAUCCCUUUAGAAAGUCACAAUGUAUUUUAUAUCCCUUCAGAAAGUCACAAUGUGUUAUAUAUCCCUUCAGAAAGUCACAAUGUAUUUUAUAUCCCUUCAGAAAGUCACAAUGUGUUAUAUAUCCCUUCAGAAAGUCACAAUGUGUUAUAUAUCCCUUCAGAAAGUCACAAUGUGUUAUAUAUCCCUUCAGAAAGUCACAAUGUGUUACAUAUCUCUUCAGAAAGUCACAAUGUGUUAUAUAUCUUUCAGCUAAAGUCAUAA